AAAAAAACACAUCGGAAGAAGAACAAGGUGACAAGUGUUCAUUAGGCAUCAGAAGGAACUAGAGUAAGGCUUUUAGGUUUUUUAACUCAAGUUAAAAGCGUGGACACAUUCACAAGCUAAUGAUCUCAUGAGGAUAAAGACAGAGGUAACAUCUUCCAAAAGUGACGCUGCCCAAAGGAUCCCAGUCACUGCUUCCCCGGGGAAGUGAAGAUAGAUACAGUCCUCCCUGGCCCUCUGAGAAACAGUUAUUGUGCCCCAUGGAUUUGUUCCUUUAGAAAAUCUUGGGGCAGGUGACCUAUAGCCUUAAAGAACAGAACAGGCUUAUCACAGCAGAGCGAUCUGCCGCUUUUUGGUUUUCAUCUUGCAAGUUACAUAAAAAAAUCCCAUAAGCCGGAAUUCAACAACAGAGAGGAAUGUGAAGAAUCAAGCAAAAUCUGUGGUAUCUGGAAGCAAGGGCGCUAAGAAACAAGGCUGACGGGUUGGUUCUGGGACAAGGACACAGAGUCAUACAGCACCGUGUGUGUGGUCCACACGUUAAAGGGACACAAGGCAUUGUCACUGGGGUAGGGAUGGGAGCAGGUUGCUAUUUUAAGUAGAAUGGUCAGGCAUGACCUCCUUGAGAAGGUCACAUUUGAGCGACCAAAGGAACAGCUUUGGAGAUAAUCUGGGGAAAGAAUAUUCUGUUCGGUAAUUAAGCGAAUUCUAUCUUCUUUCCGGGGUCACCUCUCCCCAAGUACAGUAUUGUGAUCCCACAUCUGGACUCUCUCCGUGAUAGUGUCAGCUAACCUGCUUUAUCCGCUCUCCCUCCUGAUCAUCAGCUUCUGCAGGAGUCAGCACAUCUUUGAUUACUGGAAAGCCUUAGCAGUAAUUUUCCCCCCCUAAGCCUUCCUUUCCACUUUCGAGAAAAUUGCAAAUCAAACCAGACAGCCUGAUAAGAUGAUGUAAACUUUAAAAAGUAAUUCUGAUUCCUUCAAAUUCUACAUCUGCAAUAAAUAUGAAAUGAGAUUUACUGCUCGGGGAUAAUGAUACAAGCAAGGGUAGAAAACAAAAAAACAGUGUCCUGGAAACUGGAAAAUUCAGUUAUCCCAAGAAGCCUGCUCAGAGCAUCAGAGAUUACAGUAAAGGCUCUAGUUAUCAUCUCGAGACCUUGGUUUUUGUGUAUAAGAAUAAGGGUAUAUUGCUUCCAUCAUACAGCAAAUAAAUAAUCUUGGAACACUUGACUUUUCUUUUGUUUAUUAGUGGCUGUGGGGGUUGGGGGAAGAAUGUGUCUGUGUGUGUGUGUGUGCUCCAGUGUGCAUGCUACGGCAAGUAUGCAGGUCAAAGACAAAUUUGUGGAGUUUUCUUCCACCUUCUACAGGUUCCAAAGAUCAAACUCAGGUUGUCAGGUAUCUUUACCCUCAGAGCUAUCUCACCAUAAAACACCUUCUUAAGUUACUGGCAGGGUCAUUGGGCCUAUUGAGUUACAGAGUUUCCAGUAUUAGGGUUUUUAUAUGUGUGUAUUGUUUUAUUCUUGGUUUUAUCUUUUCAUGGUUAGAAUUUUUGUUUUUUGGUUUUUUUUAAAGAUUUAUUUCUAUUUAUAUGUAUGCAGGACAGUUUGUUUCCCAGAAGCUGGCAUUACAGGAAGUGAGUUGUUAAUUGCCAGGUGGGUGUGUCAUCCGAACUUGGGUCCUCUGGAAGGGCAGCUGGCAGGCCUCCUUACUCAGCCACCCAUCUCUCCAGCUACCGGGUUGUUUUGUUUUCAAAAAAAAGGUCUAGUGGAUCCCAUGCUGGCCUUGAAUUAACUGAGUAGCCAAGGGCUUGCUUGAACUUGUGGUGAUCCUGUCUCUAACCCACCAAGUGUUGAGAUUACAGUCACACACAACACUGCUAGUUUGUAGGGUACUGGGGAUAAGAGUAGGGGAUACCACUAGGCAAGCGGGCUAGCAUCUGACCUAUGCUCACAGCCUAGUUUGGCUGUUGUUUGUUUGUUUGAGAUGGAGGUCUUUCUGCAUACCCCUAGCUGUCCUGGAAAAACUCAUUUACAGACAACUGGCCUGGCCUCCAACUCACAGGAGCUCUCUCUGCCUCUCUGCCUCUCUGCCUCUCUGCCUCUGCCUCUCUGCCUCUCUGCCUCUGCCUCUCUGCCUCUCUGCCUCUGCCUCUCUGCCUCUGCCUCUCUGCCUCUCUGCCUCUGCCUCUCUGCCUCUCUCUGCCUCUCUGCCUCUGCCUCUCUCUGCCUCUCUGCCUCUGCCUCUCUGCCUCUCUGCCCCUCUGCCUCUCUGCCUCUCUGCCUCUCUGCCCCUCUGCCUCUCUGCCUCUGCCUCUCUGCCUCUCUCUGCCCCUCUGCCUCUGCCUCUCUGCCUCUCUCUGCCUCUCUGCCUCUGCCUCUCUGCCUCUCUGCCUCUGCCUCUCUGCCUCUCUCUGCCUCUCUGCCUCUGCCUCUUCCUCUCUGCCUCUCUCUGCCUCUCUGCCUCUCUGCCUCUGCCUCUCUGCCUCUCUCUGCCUCUCUGCCUCUGCCUCUUCCUCUCUGCCUCUCUCUGCCUCUCUGCCCCUCUGCCUCUCUGCCUCUGCUUCUGCCCCUCUGCCUCUCUGCCUCUGCCUCUCUGCCUCUGCCUCUGCCCCUCUGUCUCUCUGCCUCUCUGCCCCUCUGCCCCUCUGCCUCUGCCUCUCUCUGUCUCUCUGCCUCUCUGCCCCUCUGCCCCUCUGCCUCUGCCUCUCUCUGCCUCUCUGCCUCUGCCUCUCUGCCUCUGCCUCUGCCCCUCUGCCUCUCUGCCUCUCUGCCCCUCUGCCCCUCUGCCCCUCUGCCUCUCUGCCCCCCUGCCUCUCUGCCCCUCUGCCCCUCUGCCUCUGCCCCUCUGCCCCUCUGCCUCUCUGCCCCUCUGCCUCUCUGCCUCUCUGCCCCUCUGCCCCUCUGCCUCUCUGCCCCUCUACCUCUCUGCCCCCCUGCCUCUCUGCUUCUCUGCCCCUCUGCCCCUCUGCCCCUCUGCCCCUCUGCCUCUCUGCCUCUCUGCCUCUCUGCCCCCCUGCCUCUCUGCCUCUCUGCCUCUGCCCCUCUGCCCCUCUGCCUAUCUGCCUCUCUGCCUCUCUGCCCUGCUGGAAUUAAAGGCUUGCACCACCACCUCUGGCUCCUGUUUUUGUUUUGAGAUCUUGUUCAUUAGCCCAGAGCACAUACCCCUCUUGCCUCGGUUUCCCAAGAGCUGGAACUCCAGGCAGGAAUAACCUGCUUCGGUCUGAAGAUUUUAAAGUAUUUCCCUGAGUCAUUCACUUGGUACUUUCUAAAAUAGAUUUCACCAUGACUUCUGCCCUGGUCUCACUCCUUGGCCCAAGAAGUGAGAUUCAUUGUUUCUCCCCACACUGGAUGGAUUCGUUCCGUCUAGGUUGCCUUCCUUUGACUACACAGGGAUGGCUUGAGUACUUCUUGGUGUGUUGGCUUGGAGAUUUAACCACCUUCAUGAGUCUCCUCACCUCUGUGAGAGUCUGAGUAAGCCUGAAAUAGAGGCAGAAAGAUUUUCUGGAUCUCAUAAAAGGAUCGCUCUUUUAUUUUCCAUUAUUGAAAAUAGUUCUUUUUUUUUUUUCUAAUCAAAAAAUGUAUUCUAAUUAUGGUUCCAUUUUCUGGUUUCUGAUUAUGGUUUCUCUUUCCCCUACUCCUCCCAGUUCCUCACAACCUCCCUGACCCACUGUGUCUACAUCAAAAGGAUGCCUCUUAAAGUCAUAGAUAUUAACACAUAAUGGGGGCCAUUUGACUAAGGAAGAGAUAGAGGUUGUAGAGAAUGAGAGAAAGGAAGAAGAGUGAGAGGGAGAUACACUAAAAACCAGUAGUCAUGGUAUCUAGAUUGUAUGCAGAAUUAGAAAUUUUACCUGCAUCAACAUUUACCAACGGUGACAGGAGACCUGUAUUUAUCUGGGGGCAUUGGUAUUCGAGUAUAUGCUUAAAUCCCCAAAUCUGUUCUUGUAAAUGCCGUGCAAUUAUCUAAAAAUUCUCUUCAACACCAGUAUGUGUGUGUGCCUAAUGAUAAUAGACCCACAACCAAAAUUCCCUAAUGUUAAAUUUGGCAACACAAGGAAAAUAGCUAUGUUAAUUUGAACCUUAGCACCGUGGAUACCAGCAGUGAUUACAGCCUGGUGAACCUGCUAAUAUUUGUUUCCACAGUCUAUGUUAUAUCUCCCAGAAGAUUUCUUAGAUACAUUACUGUGUCUCAAAAGUUCAUUCUCUUGAUCAAAACGGAGUCUAGGAUCCUUAGGCUAUGGGAAGUGGUUUUGCCCUUUGUUUUCCUGGGAAAUGUCCUGCCUUGAUUUCUUGGUGAGAAUCGCUCUUUUCUCUCCUUCCCGCCCAUUGGAACUGAACUUCCCUAGGUAGGAGAAUCCUCCACUGUGGCAUGAAAGAAGCAAACGCCUAAAUGUGUGGUGGGGCAGAGUUAUAUUUAAAUUUAAAUCUAGCCUAACACUGUGUUAUACAAUAUAUCAUGGUAAUUGAAAUGGAACUACUUAGUAGACUAUUUCACAGUUCAAGGUUUCAGAGUGUUUGAGUGAAAAUACUAUCUAAGUGUGUGGAGUGGAGUGUAGGCCUUUGCCUACAUAUAUGUUUGUAAUUUUCAAUGAAGAUUUUAUUUCACUAGAAACAUGUUUAUUUUGAGGGAACAAAAUGCAGACGCCUGUGUUUAGGGAGGGGCUGCAUGUGUUUGCUGGAUGGUAGUGUGAGGACAGUUAGCAUUGGAAAGAAUAUGAAAGGGCUGGGGAGAUGGGUCAGAAGGUUGGGGUGCCUGUUGCCAAGUCUGAUGACCUGAGUUCAACCCCAGGGGUCCACAGUGGAAAAAGAGAACCAACUCAAAAGUGUGUGUGUGACCUCAAUACAUGCACUGUGGCUCAGUACACACACACACACACACACACACACACACACACACACACUUGGGGCACAUGCUUGCACAGACACACACAUACACAUACACACUGUGUGCAGUGCAUGCCCGUACAUGCGUGUGAGCUACAGAGCACUUGUGGAGAUCAGAGGACAACUUCUGACAGUUGUCUCUCUUCUACCACGUGCAAUCUACAGAUCAGAUGCAGGUUAUUGGGCCACCUGACCCACUAAACCAUCUCACUAGCUCUAUUUAUUUUUAAGGGGAAUCCUAAUGUAUAGCCCAGGAUGGCCCAGAAUUCCUGAUGUUCCUCUUCUGUGGCCCCACAUCUCCCUGCAGUGUCAUAUGGUGUAAGAACAAGGAUGUGUGUUUCGCCGUAUCUUAGUAUAGGAUACCAGGAAGCCUCCGCAGCCAGGAACUGUUCUCUCACACUUCUGUGUGUGGUGCUGAAGUGGGUAAUUCUCUUCUGUUUACACGCCUCCUCGAUGCCUCUUCAGUUUUAGUCUUUGCUUUCUUGUUUUCCAGUUGGAAUCUCUACCCUACUUCUCCCUCCUUCUCUGACCUAAGACAAGGUUUUGCUGAGCUGAGUUUGGUUGGGCUGGAUCUUACAAUGUAGAACAGGCUAGCCUCCAGGGGACCUCUGGUAUACUGGGAUUAGGGUAUGUGUAUGUUACCACACCUUCCUUCCUUCCUUCCUUCCUUCCUUCCUUCCUUCCUUUCUUUC